AAAAAUAAUUGAAUUUCUAUUAAAGUAUUAUUUAUCAAUACAAUAUGUACAUAUUUUUCUUUUAGUAAUUUAAGUGUACAUUGUAAAAUGUGGCGAAUUUAGUUACGUAAAUUUGGCUAUAAAAUUUUUUAGAAAAAAUCUUAAUUUAAGCCUCUUUAAUUAAUAAGUACACAAAAUUUAAUUUUUCAUUUUGGCAAUAAAGUACAAUGAAAUCAAUAAAUUAAUGUGCAGAUAAGUUGAAUAACGAAAUAACAAAAAUCAUGUCGAAUUAUUAAAAAUAGAAAAAAAAAUAUUCCUAAAGAAAGUGUUGAAAAAAAAUUUGAAACGUCAAAACGAGAAAAGUACUUAUGGAGAUAAGACAAGUCAAAUCGAUUGCUGUGCCAUUCGGAGGAUAACAUGGCAUAUUUUUCGAAAGUCCUUGAAAGUUGGACAUUAAUUAGAUAAUAAUGAUUUUAUAUACAAAAAAGUUGUAAUUGAAUCCAAUAUUUUUGUCUCUAAAUUUUUUAAAAUUUUCAUGUUGACUAUUUUUUUGAGUUAUUUAAUCUUAAAAAAAAAUGUCAAUGGACCCAAACGGCCUCGAUGUGCUUCAAAGCAUGAUCGAUAUAUCUGCAAAAAGACUGGAAGGUUUAAGGACUCAAUGUGCCACAAAUGUAACACUAACACAGGAAGAGAUUCGUAGUUUGGAAGCAAAAUUAGUUCGAAUGUUCUCAGAUUUAUUAGUAACUAAAUCUAGAUUAUUGGAAAGAAUACCAAGUUCCGGGCUAUCAACUUCUGGUCCUGAGCUGCGACAAUGGCUACGGGUUGUUGGUUUAGGCCAAGAAUCUUUAGCAACAUGCUUGCAAAGAUUGAGCACAUUAGAAGAAUUAAUAGAAAAAUCUGAUGAGGAGUUAAAAGAUUUAUUAGUUAGUAGUACAAUUUCAAAAGAAGAAGAGACAAGACGCUUAACUACAGCAACAAGCAAUUUAAAAAGAUGUUAUUAUACAUUAAAGGAUGGGAAAACCUAUCCUGAAAAUUUGUAUUGGGACUCAUGGGAUCGUCAAUCCCACCAUCAUCAUUAUCAUCAUAGAAGUGAUUUUAAUUAUGGCGAAGGUGGAACGGGGGUAGCAUCGCCAAGAUCAUUAAGAUUAAAACAAAUUAAAGUAAGACAAUCUCCUGUUACUACAAUUUUAUCGAACGCGGCAAUAAGUGGUGCAAAUACUGUUAGUGGCAACUUAAGCAAUAUUAGUAAUGUUACAUAUAAUUCGGAAACCGUACAAUCACCAUCAAAUACAACACCUGAAGAAUUUUCAAGUUUUCAUGGAUCAGUUCACACGCUAACACCAUCCCCAUCGCCACCAAAUUCUCCUUGUUUAACAAACAGCAGUGGCGAUGGUUUCGGUACCGGAUGCAACAGCAGUGGAGGUACAGGUGGUGGCGGCAAGUUGGGACAUAGAAAAUCAGGUACUCCGCCUCCCAAUAAGAAACAUCAAACUUUACUAUCUUCACAUUCCUCAACACCUUCUCACAAACCUUACCCAUCUAGUGGUAAUAAUAAUAAUCAAAAUGUACUAAAAUCGGGGUUGUUAGGUAGUCAGCAAGCAAUAGAACAACAAAUGAAUAAAUCUAAAUCACCAGAAACACAAAAUUUAUCACAAGAACAACAACAAAUUUUAAUACAGACAGCACUUAAUCAGUCUACAAAUUACAGCACACAGAAUCCAAAUAAUAAUAAUAUAUCACAUAUCACAAAUACCCCUAGAAGCAGGCUUCUUACAGAAUCUAGUCCAGAUACUCCAUCUUUUGGCAGUGGCGGUGCACCAACAAAUCGAAUUAUAUCUGAAGCUAAUACAACUGCAAAUAAUUUACAAGUUCCUCGAUCGCCUUGUACACCAAUUACAGGUGGUUCAAUGAAACAUACUAUUCAACAUCGUUUUACAAAAUCCAUUAAAGUAUCAAACUGUGAUUUAUGCCAAAAACAAAUGUUUUGGGGUUUGAAAUGCAAGGAAUGUAAGUAUCGUUGCCAUAAAGAUUGUGAGCCUAAUGUUCCGCCAUCAUGUGGAUUACCUCGUGAACUUUUCGAUGAAUUUAAGAAAACCUUGACGAACGAUGGUUUUAUGCCAGCGAACACGUCACCGAUUUUAACUAACAGAAAUCCGGGUAUUGGAGGACCUGGAUUAUUAACGACAAAUCAAAACCGACGUCAAAAGACUUCGGCUAAUUACCCCACACACGAUUCCAGUUCACCCGGUUCGAGCUGUAACAGUUCAUCACCAUCGAGUCCUGCUUUAUUCAAUCAUUCACAGCAGUCCUCACAACACAGUAGUUAUUCAACUGCUAGUGGUAGUACUGGUGGAAAUCAUCAUCAAAUAUCUACACCUUUAUCAGCGGCUCACAAGGGUAUUAAUCAGUUUAAUUUUCCUGAUGUUACUGUAACUGCGAGUCACCAAAAUAAUACACAUAUUUUACAUUCCGGUAGUAACAGCACCGGUGGUGCAAUACUAACAGGAAGUUUAGGAACGCAUUUUGAGAAAUCAGAAAAUUAUCAAACAAGUACAAGUAUCAGUGUAAGUGUAUCUAAUUGUUCAAGUGUUUUUAUUGGUUCCAGUAACAGUGAGAAAAAAACUGGAGAUGAUUUAAAUAAUUCUACUAGCGGUAAUAAUCAAAUUCGGCCACCGCUUUCAGAACUAGCUGAUACUCAUAAAAGUAAUGAUAGUGAUAAAACAGUAUCACUAUCUGGUAGUACUAGUGCUAGUACAGAUUCUGACAGAACACCAGUAAGAUUGGAUUCGACCGAGGAAGGAGAUUCCGGUAAUUGGGCCAGGCAACAUUCGUUAUCUUUAAAAGAGUGGGAUAUUCCUUAUGACGAUUUAAAACUGUUGGAGAAAAUAGGUAAAGGACGAUUUGGUACAGUUCACAGAGCUUUGUGGCACGGAGAUGUUGCUGUUAAAUUAUUGAAAGAGGACUACUUGGACGAUGAACGUACACUAGAAGCUUUCAAACUAGAGGUAGCAAAUUUCAAGAAAACUCGACAUGAAAAUUUGGUGCUUUUCAUGGGAGCUUGUAUGAAGCCACCAUAUUUGGCUAUAGUGACUUCGCUUUGUAAAGGUAAUACCCUUUAUACUUAUAUACAUCUCAGGAAAGAUAAAUUUAAUAUGAGUCGCACCACCUUGGUAGCCCAACAAAUUUCUCAAGGAAUGGGUUAUUUACAUGCUCGAGGUAUAUUUCAUAAAGACUUACGGACAAAAAAUAUAUUUUUGGAAAAUGGAAAAGUCAUAAUUACAGAUUUUGGAUUAUUUAGUUCAACCAAGUUGAUAUACUGUGAUUUAGGCUUAGGUAUACCUAAUGGAUGGCUUUGUUAUUUGGCACCGGAAUUAAUGCGUUCAUUAACUCCAUAUAAACCUACUGAUGAAAUCUUACCAUUUUCUAGAGCAUCUGAUGUAUAUUCAUUUGGUACAGUUUGGUAUGAGUUACUUUGUGGUGAAUUUCCAUUUAAAAUACAAUCACCAGAAUCAAUUAUAUGGCAAGUUGGGCGUGGUAUGAAACAAACAUUGGCUAAUCUACAAACAUCCCGAGAUGUGAAAGAUAUAUUAAUGUUAUGCUGGUCAUUUCAGGCUGAUGACAGACCUGAUUUUCCAAAACUUUUAACGUUAUUGGAAAGAUUACCAAAAAAACGUUUAGCAAGAAGUCCUUCACAUCCAAUACAACUAUCUAGAUCAGCAGAAUCAGUUUUUUAGAUAUACAUACAUCUAUUUAAAAAGUGUCUUCGAAAAUUAUAGGAAGACUUAUUAUUAUAUAUGUAUAAAAAAUUUAUUUAUAUAUAUAUAUAUAUAUAAAAACAUAAUAUAAAAAAUUAACUGACUAUUUUCUAAAAAUUAAAUGUAUGUAUAAUUAUACAUAUAUCUGUAUAUAAAAAAAUGAAAAUCUAAUUAUUUGUACAUUAUAAAAAUAUUUAAGAAUGUGUAUUAUUUUUAUGUUUCAAUAAAUAUUUUUAAUAUACUAUUUAAUAAGUAAAAACUAAAGUAUAAACAAGAAAAAAAUUAAUAAGGUAUGAUAACGAUAGGAAAUGGAAUUUCGGAAUCGUUUAAAAAUAUGUUUUAUAGAAGCAUAUGUAUAUGUGUAUAUAUAUAAGGGUUUACCUAUAUUAAAUCAAAUAGUAUUUAAGGAUUAUUUUAAUUUUUGAACCUGAAAAUUUAUUAAAACCAAAAUUAUUUUAAAUAAAUGAAUCAAACUAAAAAUUUGAAAAUAACAAAAAAGUAAACAAUUAGAGCAUAUUAAUUAUCUUUAUGACUAUGCCAUUAUAUA